AUGGGCGUCGCAUCCGCGAACAACAUGUUAGACGCCUACAUCAAAGUCCUCACGGAUGGUUUUGAGGCGACGGAUGGGAAGGCCUUCUCGGAAGACGAGCCUGACACGGACAUGACCAAAGUUACCGUCUUUUCGAAGAUCGAUUUCUCCUCGCUGAGGGAUCCGCGGAACGCCAGACUCGAGGGGCUAGUCUUCCGAGCCGUUAUGAACGUGGUCGUGCGGAACCGGUCGCACAUGUUCUUUGCUGAGUUCGUUGAUGCUGUCACCCUUGGCUUUGCUCGCGUGACGCCAGAAGAGGGUCUUGUCGAUUUCUCAGACCAAACCGAGUCGGUCAAGCAAUUACCCCAGCGCGUCGACGAGCCUCUUGUUGUGACGGCUGCACUGCAUUACUUCCUCUCUCAUCCCGUCCGUUCGAUGCGAGACUUUGUCGCAGGGCCCAUACAAGGUGUUGAAGAAGCAUCUACUCUCGAGUUCGCUGUGGAGAACAUCGUGACGAUCGCACUGGCUCGGGUUUUCAAGGAUGGCGCUGCGUCGUUGUCUGACGCCUUCACUCUGAAUAAGAGCGACGGACAGGCUUGGCUAUCGGAACCAGUGCAUCUUGUUUCUAUCAUAUAG